AUGGCAGCCUCAGAUCAAGGGAUGUUCAUGCAGUACUGUGUAUUCGACGGAAGCAUCUCCGGCAACAGCGAGAUCCAACGGCGUCCUUAUCACCGUAACUGCAGUUGCGCUCUUCAUCGUUCUCGAGGUGGAGCUGCUUGUUCUCACUCUUCUUCACUACCAAAUGUCACUUACCCUAUUCGACGAACCUGGAGCGAAGGAAGCUUGGCCUUGUCUUCCUCUUCUUUGUCUAAUUCUUCUUCCUACAAUAAUCUUGCCAGCCUUUCUCUCUCUUCCUCUUCUUCCUCCUCUCAGAUCUUUCAUCAGUAA